CCCGAUUUCACCGAAUGUAUUGAAAUCUCCCUGACAAACUGUUAGAAAAUCGAUAAACGCCCUGGAUUAUCUUGCAUCCAGCCGUCAAAUCGUAAUGAUAAGUUGUUUGCCGUUCGUUUUGUUUAUCGCUAAUCUAAUAACACCGUCAUGCGAUCGUAUCAACAUACCGUGGAUGAAAUCUGAGAUCCCACCAUCUCGAGAAUCGUUUAUCCGUCACUUGGGUCUCGCUUACUCCGUUCAGUUGCGUAUUCCGCAGUUUUUCCACCGCUGUCUAACACUGUUUGUCUCUUUGUCUUAUCCGUGUGGGUUCCUGCGGACCAACUGACAUUUUGCGACGAGAUGCCCAGUGUCCAUUCCGUGGGAUCAGCCUCGCUGAUUCGCUUUCUGUUCCAGUAACGACGGAUAGAGUAGCCGAGGGUCGCGUACUUGAUUACGAGGAACAGAAACACGUAGCGAAGUGCGCGUGACUGCGUACCGAAUUUCGCGAACGUUGCAAAUUUGGUACCUAUCGUUGAAAACAGUGAACUGUUCCGAGGUGUUUCCAGAAACUGAUUACGCUGCGAUACCGAAUGGAAAGCGAACGAGGUUUCACUGAAUCAUUACGACCACGGCCGAGCGUUAACUGACCGUUUGGCCCUUUCGAAAACUACGGGAAUGGUGGCGAAUCGCUCGUAAACCUGGAAACUACGAAGCAACUCGCUCUAUUUACCAUUUGGUCCGUCCCGCAUGGUUUUGACGAUACUCCUUGCGCUAUUAUAUAAUGAUCGUUGAUUACACGAGCAGCUUGUUGGAAAACGUUCAUUGGGACAUUCUCCUGCCCGAACCGGGCCGAAGCUUCCUGAUUCGCGGAGAUUACGAGUACUGGCAUUAUGGCUGCGACGGAUUUAACGAUAAGGGUUGGGGUUGCGGAUACAGAACUCUGCAGACGAUUUGCUCGUGGAUCAUAAAAAACCGGAAAUUAGAGCACUCUGUUCCGAAUCACAGAAGGGUGCAGGAAAUACUUGUGACUCUGGAAGACAAGGAGAGAUCGUUUAUUGGGUCGAGAGAAUGGGUAGGCAGUUUCGAAGUAUGCCUUGUGCUGAAUCAUUUGUACGAGGUUCUCAGCAAGAUUAUUCACGUAUCAAGCGGCAAACAAUUGCCGGACCAGAUAGCAGUUAUUAAAACGCACUUCGAAGAGUUUGGUAGUCCAAUAAUGAUGGGCGGAGACAGGGACUGCUCGAGUAAAUGCAUAGUUGGGAUCCACGAGGGAGUGGAAAAUACUUACAUGCUGAUCGUAGACCCUCAUUUCGUCGGACAGGCAAGGAGCAAGGAGCAAUUAGUGUCUCAACAUUGGGUGAAAUGGCAGAGCCUUAACGAUUUCGUCGAUAGUUCUUUUUACAAUUUGUGUUUACCUCAGAUCAAAGCUUCUACAAAAUGAUAGAUACUAUUAUAAUAAAUUGUUACGAUAAGUCACUUGUAGAUUCUUUGACCUUUUCCAAUGAUUUAUAUCUUAUCAAUGUUAUCGCUGACAGUACAAAUAUCAAUAGCGUGACUGUUUCGUCACGGAUAUAUUGAGGCACUGCAAUAGAUUUAUAAUAAAUUAAAAAUAAAUAAAUCGCUGUAAUUUCGUAAGUUAUGGAGGCAUGCAUAAGAAAACUCUCCACAUUGCGCACACCAUUAUUUUACAUAGAAAUAAAAUAUCGCUUCUUUUCUUGUACACAUCUCCAAAAAUAAAAAAAAUGUUUCUAUAAAUAA